AAAUUUAAAAGUAUAGAAACACUAUUAAAAUUGAUUCGAUGAUAUUUUUACAACCUAGUGGUAGUAAAAAAAUUGAUAUUAAGACGACGUCAGACGCUGAAGCGCUCAUUGUUUGUUUCAGCAAAAACUUCGGAAUUCCAUAACUAAUCAUUGAAUUUGACGGAUUCUUUCCCGCAAAAAUUCUGAUUUCAGCAACUAAUCUUUUCAUUUGGCGGAUGAGAAUGCAAUUUAGGGCUGGAAGGGUAAGUAUCUCUAAGAUUUUCACCUCAGCUUCGUUCCAUACUCACAAAUCUUCACGCUCUGCUCCUGCAUCCACUUGUUGGUUCAUUAAAGUGGUAUCCACCUUAUGCAUUCACCUCUCCAACUCGCUCAAUUUUCUCCAAACUGAUUAUUUCCGCCAGAACUUGAAUCCCCUUGUAGCUUUUGGCGUGGUCCAUCGCAUCGAUACUAGAUUGAAUAACCCGCGUUUAGCUUUUGAAUUCUUUCGUCACUCACGCCAAAAUUUGGAGUUGAUUCACUUAGAAUCCACUUUUGAUUUUCUGUUAAGGUCGCUAUGCGAGAAGGGUCUAUACGAUUCAGCUAAAAUGGUGUAUGAAAUUAUGAAAUUUGAUGGCUUUUGGCCCAAUACCUCACUUCUUGAUACAUUAGUUUCUGCAGUAGCUAAGGCGGGUAUGUUUAGGGUAGCAGAAGAAAUUUUGAUUGCAGAAGCUGAAUUCUGCGUUGAGAAAGAGAAAAGAGUUAGUUCUUUUGUGUAUAAUAAUUAUCUGAGCAUUCUAGUGCAUGAAAAUCGCAUAAAUGAGGCUGUUGUAUUUUUCAGAGGGCAUAUAUUAAGGUUAAGAAGCUUUGAUCCUGAUACGUGUAGCUUUAACAUAGUGGUGCGAGGACUGUGUCGCGCUAGUAAAGUUGAGAAGGCUUUUGAGCUCUUUGAUGUUAUGAGGGAUUUUGAUUGUUAUCCGGAUCUUGUUACGUAUAACACACUUAUUAAUGGGUUAUGUAGCGUUGGUAGAGUAGAUAGAGCAGAGGAGUUACUAGAAGAAGUCGAACUGCAAUCUGGAUUUUCCCCAAAUGUUGUGACUUACACAACACUCAUCUCUGGAUACUGUAAAUUGGGUAAGUUGGAUAGAGCUGUGACUAUUUUCGAUAGGAUGAUUAAUAGUGGGGUCAGACCAAAUUUGUUUACUUUUAAUACUAUUAUUAAUGGUUAUGGAAAAAAGGGUGAGUUGGCUUCAGCGAUUAAGAUGUAUGAGAGGAUGGUAAAUGGUCGUUUUCCACCUGAUGUUAUCACCUUCACCUCUCUCAUUGAUGGUUGUUGCCGCCUUGGAGACUUGGCUCAAGGUGUGAGAUUCUGGGAUGACAUGAACGAUAGGAAGGUGCCUCCUAACAUUUUUACCUUUUCAAUUUUAAUUAGUGCCCUAUGCAAAGUGAAUAGACUAAAUGAGGCACGAGGUUUGCUUAAUCAGUUGAAGAAGAGGGAAGACAUUGUCCCAGAGCCAUUUGUUUACAACCCUGUUAUUGAUGGUUAUUGUAAAGUGGGAAAUGUAGAUGAAGCAAAUGUGGUUGCUGAAGAAAUGGAGGCAAAAGGAUGUAUCCAUGACAAGAUGACUUUCACCAUUCUCAUUUUGGGGCACUGUAUGAAAGGGAGAGUGUUUGAAGGUAUUCGAUUGUAUGAAAAGAUGGUGUCAGUGGGGUGUGUACCCGAUAAUAUCACUGUAAGGUCUUUGAUAUCUUGCCUAAGAAAGGCAGGGAUGGCACGAGAAGCCAAUGAAAUAGAGUUCAAGGCAUUAAAUAAUGUUCACUCAGGUUUAUUGUUUGAAACUACUGCUGCAGUUUGGAAAGUGAAAGCGCCAAUGACUAAACCUGUUUAGUCAGAGGGUUAUGUUGCUGCCUCAAUCUGUCAUUGAACAUUUUAUGAGGCACUUGAGCCCAGAAAUGUGUGGGCCAACUAUAGAUAAGUCAAGAAGAAAGUAAUGUAACUACUCUAUUCCCCUCGUGUGCAAGAAUUAAUGCAUAUAAACAUGACUAAAGUAUUCUAUCACCAGCAUACAGUUGACAUGAUUUGUUGAAUUGAUGAUGUUAUCUAGGUUCCGUUCGUUUAGGCAGCUUCUGUUCUCCAUCGCAGUAUCCAGAUUUUAUAUCAUGCCUCUGUUGGUGUUUGGCCAUUGCAUCUGCACCUGAUGAGAUGGUUAUAGUCAGGGAAAACUAUUGUCUAGUUUCUUGAGGCUACAGAGAUGUUCAUCCUGGAGAAACUCAUGGAAAAUUCACACAAUCUGUUAAGUUCUUGAUUUGAAGACCAAGUUUAGUGUUUGCGGAAAGUGUCAUAUUUGGCCAAAGUUAGUGGUAUUUUUUUUAUCAAUAACCCCAUAAUUUAUACGUAUCUCCGUUAUUUAAUUCAUAGCCCCAAUUCACAAUUUUAGAGCAAUAUAAAGAGAGUUUCUGUU